AUGAUAUAUCAAUCCUCAAUUCAGUUUGGUCAUAAGGUUGAUGAGGUGGCAAAGGCAGAGAUGCAGGGGGUUCUUAGGAUAACAAAUUUGGGCGGUACGGGAUCAUAUCUUGGUUUACCGGAGAGUUUGGAUGGGUCUAAAACGAAGGUUUUCUCUUUUGUUCGAGAUAGACUGCAGGGUCGGACGAAUGGUUGGACGGCGAAAUUGCUUUCAAAAGGGAGAAAAGAGGUGAUGAUUAAAUCAGUUGCAGCUGCUGUACCGACAUUUGUGAUGUCUUGUUUUCGGUUACCGAAAGCAAUCACAUCUAAACUUACUGGUGCAGUGGCCAACUUUUGGUGGAGUACCAAUGGCCAGUCAGGGGGUAUGCAUUGGUUAGCUUGGGAGAAAUUAUGUUGUAGUAAGCAGGUGGGCGGACUGGGUUUCAGGAAUAUUGAUGAUUUUAAUUCGGCGUUGUUGGCUAAACAGUUAUGGCGGCUGAUUGAGGCUCCGGACUCACUGAUUGCCAGGGUUUUCAAAAGUAGGUAUUAUCAGAACUCGAACCCAAUGGAACUGAUUCCAUCAUACUCUCCAUCGUAUGGGUGGAGGAGUAUUGUCUCUGCUAGAUCUUUGGUAUACAAAUGGCUUAUUAAAAGGUUGGCUCUGGGGAAUCUAUUUAUAUAUGGACAAAUCCCUGGGUACCAGCUCAAUUCCCGAGACCAGCUUUAA